UGUGCAUGUAUGCAUGUGUGUGUACGCGUGGGCAUUUGUGUGAGGGAGGGGGCCCAUGGUGGUCCUCGGGCACCACCCCCUACUGGUAUCUGCCACUGUAGGAGGGGAUGAGUUUCCUUGAUGCCCGGAGCUUACAUUAACCAUCCAGCAACGCGAGGAUCCUGUGUGCUGGUUACUAUCUUUGCAUCACUGCUGUACUCCCGGAUUCCUCUGACCUUUAGGUGGGCUCCUAGAGAAAGCGCAUCUCCUGUCAUGUAAAUCAUGAUGUUUCUCUACAUUAUUAAAAUCUGCGUGUGAACCUGUAUCAGGUGGGCCUCCUGUGCCUGGCAGCUCAAAGUACUUGAAGAAAAUCAGACACUGUUUUCUUUCAUUGGAGCCUUUCAGAAGCCUUUUCCUAAAGUGAUACACGCUUGUGUUUUUUUUUUUAAAAAAAAAAAGAUCUAAAGUAGAAAAUGAAAACCACCUGUAAAUCUAUUCCCCAGGGAUAACCAUUAAUAACAUUCUGGUAUAAAUCUUUCCAGACCCUUUGACAUGUGCCUAUUUAAGCAAAACAGGAUCACAGCGUGUACUGUGUGUGACCUGCUUCUUUCACUUCAUGUUAUAUGCUGGGCAUCUUCUCAUGUCGAUAAGUAGAAAUUUGUGUAUUUUUUAACAGCUGCCACAGUAUUUUAUAUAUGGGUGGGACCAUAUGUUACGCAAUCAUUCCCUUACUAUUAUAAAUAACACUGUGGUGAACAUCUUUGUAGAUCUCCUCUUUGCUUCCUUGGACGCAAUUCUGGCAGUAGGAAGUGCUACAUGGGGAGCUGGGACAGGAGGGUUCUGAUACAUAGUAUCAUUUUCCCGGUGUAAUGAUCUGUUGAACGCUGCUUAUUCAGUGCCUCCCUCCUCACUGGAUGUGUCAGUCCCCAACCCCCUUUUCCUGAGGAGUGUUUACUCUUUUUAAACCCUAGAUGCGACUGUCGCCAGAGUGGAGCGUCUGCCCUUGUCCCACACGCUCCACAAAGCAUGCCGUGGCCUGGGAGUGCUCUUUGCAGCUGCCCUCGCCUCCUGCAGAGCCAGACCUCACCUGGCGAGCACACAGCGCCAAGCCCGCAGCUCUCCAAAGAGGACCAUGGCCCUGCCCGGGAGCACGCCCUGAGCACCUGCCUCUGAUCCCUCAGCCAGUAGCUGGGCGUCGUUAGCAGCCUGAGAGAGGCUGGCUGGGAGCCUCGGGGACCCAGCCUUGCUCCCGGCACACCCACAAGAUGUGGAUGGCCCUUGUGCUCGCCUGCAUUUCCUCCUUACCCUUCUCUGAAAGCCAGGUGGCAUCCCAGGAUCCAGGGACCGUGGCCCUCAACCUGACGCAGGGCGAUUUAGUCUCAAACAGCGCACCCGGGGAAACGGCUAACAGCACCUUUAAGAAAACACCUGAAAGAGUGACGACACCCUCUCCCGUCCCGUUAGCCGGAGGGACUCCGGGAGCCAACCACAGCUCUCCGGUCACAGCAGGAGCCUCGGCAGGGAGCGCACACAGGCCCGACGCGGGUGCUUCGGCCACUGCGGUGGGUUCCCCUGACCUCGCGGCCUCCACAGCGCCCACUCCGCCCUCCCAAGCAUCCACACAGCCAGCCCUGCCCUCCACGGCCGCCCUCAGCACAGCCCCUGCCCAGCUGCCCAGAAAUAGCACAUUGCCAGGAGCAGCACCUCUGACGACAUUGGCCACCAGCACUCAGACUGCUGCCACCACCAGCAAUGACACUGCUGCCGCCACCACGGCAAGUGCCGGCAGCCCCACGGGCACGCAGAGCCCUGCCAAGCACAGCCCCCAUCACUCCACAGCCAGUCCCACGCCCCCCACCAGUCCCCAAGCACUUAACACGUCCACGCAAGGCCCCACCUUCCAGCUGCCCACUACCCGACCCGUGGCAGACGUGGCAAGCAGGCCCACCCCGCCUCUCGUGAACACAACCCUAGAACCCACCCCCUCCUCCGUGGCUUCCACGUCCACCACGGUGGUGACAGCCACCAAGGCACCGGCUGAGGGGCCAGCUGCCAGCACAGUGCCAGCUCCUGCACCUCACACCAGCCCCACACCUGGGGUGGAGGCCACGUCCCCCACAACGCCGCCAAGUCCUGUUUCACCUCCACGGGGGGAUAUGGGGCCAGGCACGCCCCCCACACCGGAGCAGGUGCAGCCUGAGGCCACAGGUGGUACUGCUUCCACCAGGCCAACAUCCGGGAGCUCAGGGGAACCUCAGAUGCCAACCACAGACUCGUGCCAGCUCAGCACCCAAGGCCAGUACCUGGUGGUCACCACCAAGCCCCUCCCCCUGACCUCGGUGAACAGAAGUGCGCUCCUGGCGGUGCUCUUGCUGGGGGUGGCCCUUUUCUUCGCAGUCAUGGUUCUGUUUGCCCUGCAAGCCUACGAGAGCUACAAGAAGAAGGGCUACACGCAGGUGGACUAUUUAAUCAACGGGAUGUAUGCAGACUCGGAAAUGUGAGGCUGGCCCUCCGCUCCAGCCCGGCCCUCGGGGCGCUGGGCCCUUCGUCCCCUUCCCUUUUCCCUCCGAGACCAAACCAAGUGCUUCCAGACUCUUUGGUGCAAUUUAGGAGACAUGCCAGAUGCUUAAACAUAUGUAAUUACUGUCAGAUUAAUUCCACGAUCACUAAAGAGUUGCUGCUUUUUUUCAUAUUUAUUUUUGUAAACGAUCACGGUGACGAGCAGUCAGGGAUCCGGCAGCGGGGUGGGGCGGGGCAGAUGUGUCAGAUCCUGGCAGGAAUUAAAGCAAUGACCACUUUCCAUUGA